AUGGCCGCGAAACAGCACUGGAUCCACACCUGGGCCGCAAUGCCUCUGCUUGCAGAGCCAGACAAACUCCCACCUAAACCAUUUGACCAAGAAAGCUUGAUUUUCCGUGGCACCACCAUCCGCCAAAGCGUCAAGAUCACACUCGGUUUAGCACGAUACUUCCGCUUCCGCUUCUCGAACGCCUUUGGCACUGACGACCUGACCAUAACUGAGACGACUGUCGCACUGGCAAAAAAUGGUGUUUCUGGGAGUAGUGCCAUCGAGUCGCCCACUCUCAAAAAAGUGACCUUCAAUGGCGACUCAACAACCAUGAUCUCAGGUGGUGCACUGACCGUUUCUGAUGCUGUGGACCUGGGUCCCUUACCGGUGGGAACCGUGCUUACGAUCAGCAUGUUUCUUGAAAAUGGGCAGAAUAGCCAGACGGGGAUCACCUGUCAUCCUGGGAGUCGGACGAGUUCUUUUUGUGUGUUGGGAAAUCAGGUGGCCGAUGCUGAUUUUACAGGAGAUUCGGUUGUAGAGAUUGAGCACUGGUAUUACAUUUCCGGAAUCGAAAUACUUGCGCCUCGGAACGCGGGUACAUUGGCUAUCAUUGGGGAUAGCAUCACUGAUGGUCGGUGCAGUACAACGAAUGGAAAUAACCGAUGGCCGAACCUCCUCUUCUCCCGCUUCCAAUCAUACCAGCCGACAGCCUCAAUUGCAAUAAUCAGCCAAGCAGCAGGUGGAAACAGGAUUCUAACGGACGGCAUCGGACCAAACGUACUGAGUCGCCUAGAUCGAGAUAUCCUCUCCCUCCGAGGAGUGCGCCAAGUCUUUCUCUUCGAAGGCGUAAACGAUAUAGGCACUGCGGACACAGACGAAGAAAGUCAGAAAAUCAUCGGUGAUCGACUAAUCGCCGGAUACAAACAGAUCGCUACCAGGGUACAUGCUUGUGGUAUUCGAAUUUUUGCCGCGACUAUCACGCCUUUUGGGCGUAGAGAGGGCGAGGUGAUUGAUGAUCCCGAGGAAGCGGGUGUUACUCAAUAUUCGCACCCAGAGCGAGAAAUAACAAGGCAGCGGGUCAAUGACUGGAUUCGCAAUAGCGGGACUUUUGAUCGUGUUAUUGAUUUUGAUCAGAUUUUACGGGAUGAUCAUCAGCCUUCAGUUUUGGCUGAGAGGUUUGACUCGGGGGAUCGGUUGCACCCGAACUUGGAGGCUUUUCAUGCGUUGGCUGACGCGUUUCCAUUGGGGAUCUUCACCACCGACUUCGCGAAUUGGGUCUUAUAG